AUGAUAGGUCCAAAAUAAUUAUUACUAAUUCCCUUAAAAUAUUAUUAAAAUCAUGAAGAUUAGAAUGUAUAAUGUUUGGAUGAUUUUGAACUUAAAAUUUAAUCAAAUGAAGAAUUUUCUACUACUCAUAUUAUUUAAACUUAAUAUUCUCAUAAAAAAGUAUAGAAGAUUGAUAAAAAAGUUAAAUUCAAUCCAACUAUCAUCAGUUAUAAAUUCCGUGAAAGUGAACCAGCUAUUACAAUUUCUAAAUAGAUGAAGAAAUUAAUAUAAAUGUAACCAAAUUUAAAAUGGAUCAAUCCUAACAUUUAAGUAUGA